AACUACAUUAUCGAGCAUAUCAGCUGCCACGUCCCAACAGAGGGUCCCACAUUCGCUAGCCUCCACCUCACAACCCAUCAACAGACGUGGGCUCAUAGACCGCCACCCACCGAAUCUCAAAUACACGUCCCGAGUCUCCAAUCCUCAAAAACCCCCAGAUUCUGGGCAUCGAGCCAAUUCUUCAAAACGCACCGUCUCACUAGCUUUCCUCUAAUUCCAUGGCCACGGCGGCGCGCGCCAUUCGCUGCGAGCUGAGGAGGCAGGAAAACCCGGCGAUUAGCAGGCGCGACCCGGCGGUUCCGGUUCAGUUACCCGUUCCGAAACCCGUGGCGGCGGAUCCGAAGACCGCGAAGAUCGUGCUGCAGCCGCGGCUUUGCACUCUGAGAUCGUACGGCUCAGAUCUCGCCGGAGUGAUGAGGAAGAAGAAGGACGACACGUCGCCGUUCUUCGCGGCGCUGUCGGAGUACAUCGAGAGCUCGAAGAAGAGCCAAGACUUCGAGAUCCUGUCGGGUCGGCUGGCCAUGGUGGUUUUCGCGGCGACAGUAGCGACGGAGGCGGUGACCGGAAACUCCUUGUUUGGGAAGGUGGAGGUGGAGGGGAUCGCGGAGGCGGCGGGGGUGUGUUUGGCUGCUGUGGCUUGCGCGGCGGUCUCCGCUUGGCUAUCCAGUAACCGGAAGAACGUGGGUCGGGUCUUGAGCUUACGCUGUAACGGGUUAAUAGAUUCGUUGAUUGACCAGAUUGUGGAUGGCUUGUUUUAUGAGACUACCGACCUUAGCGAUUGGUCUGAUGAGGUGUGAUGAAGAAAGGUGCCCAGGUGGUCAACGUUUCUGCAUCUGAAAGUCAACGGUAUAGAUUAAUUAAUUGGGAAAUUAUAUGUAUAAUUC